AUGGACAGGGGAUCGAUCUUCACCGCAAUGCCACGAAUCCGCGGAUCAGCAGCCGCCUUCUUCAGGGCUUCUGUCAGCAGCGGCAUCGACAUGGCCGAUGAGAAGCGUCCCUGUGGGACAUCUGGCAACGCUCCAGACAGCUGCAGAUGGGUGUGGGAAGGUGGCAUGGGGCUGCAUGGUCGGGAGCGAGGGAGAACUGCAUGCUGA